GCAUGCGCGCCUGUAUGCGUGUGCAGCAUCCGACGGGGCGGACCGCGAUCCGUCCCUUUCACUGUUUGUCGGUGGUGGUGCUAUUGCGCGUGUGGCAGCGAAAACCCUCUCAGCAUCCCGACAGACAGACGGAGGAAGCAGAAACCUGCUGAGCAGCACAGUGAAGACAGCAGCAGCAGCAGCAGCAGCAUCGGAGCGAAAAAAGAAAGAAAGCAGAAAAGGGCAUUUCGUGACUAUUGUGUUGCGUUUUGUUUGUCAAACGAACGACAACAACGGCUACACACGCACAGCAGCAGUGGGCAGCCUGGGCAGUGUUUCGCGUGUGUCGCGUGGCGAUUUCGGGCAGUGGGCAGUGCGUUUGCGUUUUCGUGCGUGUUUUCGAUCCGCGCCCCGUUAGUGCAAAAAAAAAAAAAGAUUUACACAAAAGAAGACGCGCUCUCUCGCUCUCUCUCUCUCUCUCUCGUGUGCGCGCGCUUGUUCCCGUUCCCUCCCUGCCUUUCGUAAUACGAUUGAUCUCGGGCGCGACCACACACACACACACACACACACGGCGAAGUGUGUGGGUUGAAAGGGUGGAAGUAGCGGAAGAAGCAAGAAGAGCAGCUCUUAUUCAGGCCCACCUCCGUCGGCGCGGGGCAAAAAAGGUUUUUCUUCCUUCAGCCACACACAACGACGCGGGAGGAGGACGACGACCAGGACCACCCACCCACCCAACCAGCCAGCCUCUUUUGUGUGAUCACCCCCCACCCCCUCUCGAAGUGCGCGCGUACCUCGCAACAAUUACACACACGAUCGGAUUCUUGUGUUCUCUCUUCCCUGCCACCCGUUCGCGCGAGUGAAACAUUUCUCCAACCACCACCACCCCCCCCCCCCCCCAGCAACCACCAAAACCACACAAACACAGGUGCUUUGUUUUGUUUCUUCUCCCCGUUAUUCCCCCUCUCUCUCUCUCUCAUCUUCACACCCACACCGCAAUCUCUCUCCUUCGCACUCGCUUGUACUCCACGCUCUCUCUCUCUCUCUCUCUCUCUUCCAUCCCCACGAGAUGCGCAGCAUCCCCCAUCCUUUCGCGUCCAUUUUUCUUUUCCCUUCCCCCCCACCCCCCUCACAAGAUACACCUUUUUUCACCUUCCCGCCUUUCUCGUCUCCCACAUGCACAAACUCCAUUUUUUUCCCCUUUCUAAACCUCGAUGCUACAAAAACCAAAUUUUCCGGCGUUUCGAUCCGAGCCCUGAGCUGGAGGAUGGGGCAAAGCGUUCCCAACACCGAGCCCCUUCCCCCGCUUGACCGGCGGUAGGCAGCUGCGACUCGGUGGCAGGCUUAUUUUGUUCAACUAUUGCAAGCGCGUGUGUGGCCGCGCGUCGGCUGUUUGUGUUGUUGUUCCAAGUGCCGCGGCGAAAUGCGGAUCCGCAGUAGGCGGUCAGUUCGGUGCAAGCAGUUCGGUGCAAGUGUGCAAACAGUGAUGUGCCAGUGUAGCCCGUCCGCACGGUCCGCGGGUUCCGAUGUCGUCCAAACGGAAAUCGCCCCCGAACAAGCUGUCGAAUGCGGUGACGAUCGAGAAGAACAACUUCAAGAAGAUCUCGCUGAAGAAUGAGGAGUUCCUGAAGUCGUCCCCGGUGAAGGAGCUGAACUGCACGUUCGACGCGAACUUCCUCGCGAUGCAGAAGAUGAGCGCCGAUCCGAAGUAUCUCAAGCACGACGAUCUGCUCGGCCCGCGGCCCGACGAGCAUCUGCUGCCGAUCGAGCACGACUUCCACUACAACCUGCCGUUCCUGAACGUGGCGAGCUACAUCCUGAAGGGUUCGGAUCCGGCGCUCAACAAGACGGACAACUUCCAGCUCACGAUGAACCUGGACGGCUUGAACAUCUCGAACAGUGGGAAUCACCAUCACCACCACCAUAACCACCACCACCAUCACCACCAGCGUCAGGAGGCGACACCACCGUCCCCGGUGUCGCCGUCGUCGGUCGCGGCGGUGGCUGGCGCGGCACCGGCACCCGCCCCGAAGCUGCCCCCGGGCGUCCCCAGUGCGCCGCGCAAGAUCAACAACAUGAUCCUGAACCACCUGAAGUCGAUCGUCGACAACUUUGACAGCUUGAACAACAACGUUAAUGACAAGAACAACUACGGUGGUGCAUCGAACUGUCAGGGCGAGGACUUGCCGGCACACAUGUCACCGCCGGUCGAGCAGCCGGCAGUGCCGCAGCUGAACAACCAGUACGCGGAGAAGAACAAUCUGGAGUCGUUCCGGUCGCGGCUGGACGAGCGCAUCACCAAUCUGCAGCUCAGCAUGAGCGAGAUCUACCUGAUGCGGCUGAACCUGAGCCUGCUCGACUUCCCGAACGAGAUACCGAGCACGCUGCUGCACAAUCACAGCCAGCCGCACCACGGGACUGCGGAGGAGCCGUCGCCGAACCGGAACUGCAGCUCCCAGAACACGCAGAACAACAUCAAGCUUAUCAAAAGAAGCUUCAAGGAGUCGCUCUACGAGAAGGAGAAGAACAUCAACCGACUGAUCAUGUACUUCACGAUAUGGCGCGAGAUGCUGCUGAAGGCAGAAUUUGGCGAGAACCGCCGCUACAAGCAGAACAACAAUUCCAAGAGCAACCUCGAGCAAUCGCUGCUGAGCGGCGGAAGCGGGACAGCUGCCGGCAGCAGCAGCACCUCCUCGUCCGGCCUGCCCUGCGAGCCGCCGGCCCGGCUCGUCCCGGGCGGCAACGGGAUGUCGCCGGCGGCGUCCUCCACCGCCUCCCUGCCCCCCGCGACGCCCACGGCAGCGAGCGGGCUUGGGUCGCCGAACCGCAGCACCUCGGCCGGCGGCACCAGCACCACCGUGAUCGACUGUGAUAUAGCCGGGCCGGGCGAGCUGGCGACCGAGCCGGACAACUGCAUACGCCGGUACCAGAACGUGUUCCAGUCGAUCGCCUGCAAGAUGUCGGGCGGGGUCGAGCUGGGCGGCGGCGGCGGCGGACAGCUUGUCGGGCAGCAUGCGGGCGCCGGCGUCUACCAGCCGGCGGGCGGCAGCAGCAGUGGCGGUGCUGGCGCUCCGGGCAGCAGCGGAGGAGGGGGUGGCAAUAUGAGGCGCAAUCCACGCAAGCGGCCGCACCUGAUGCCGCCGGAGGCCGACCCGGAGCAGAUGAUGCUGUCGAAGCAACCGAUGCUGGCGGGGCCGCCGCUGAACUGCACCGGCACGGCGGGCGGGCCGGCCCUCACCCUGUACGACGAGUACGAGAAGGCGAAGGAGGAGGAAAACCAAAGAUACGCGAAGGAGCCGGACGCACCGAUCAAUCUGUCCAAGCGGAAACCGUCGAGGGACAGUCCGCUUGCGCCCGGCGCGCUGGAGCUGAGCAACGGGACGAAGCUCCCCGGGAUGCUUCCCGGGAGUAGUGGAGGUGGUGGUGGUGGUGGUGGUGGCGGAGGUGGCGGAGGUCCAUUUGGACCGGCCGGGUUGUUUGCGGGCUGCGAUACGGACGAGCUGAACCACCGGCUGGAGCUGAUGUCGGACAAGGUCGGGCUGCUGCCACCGACGGCCGUUGCGCUGCUGGAGAAGGAGUCGGACAAGUACUUCCUCAAGUCGAAGCGCGACCGGCUCGAGCUCGACCCGAACCACCUGUUCGACUAUACCGGCCCCAGCCCGGACGGGCUGCACAAGCACGCCAAGCUGAACCUGUACCACCAGUCGCCGAGCCCGCACCAUGGCAGCCCGGACGACAGCAAGCAGGGCGGGGGGCUCGGGGGGCUCGGCGAGUCGCCGUACCCGCUGGCGCAGCAGUUCUUCAUCAAGGCGGCCGACGGUGGACCGGGCGGGCCGGGACUGUCACCGUUCAACAGCAACGCGAUGCUCGACAACAUGAACCGCCAUCUGAUCCAGCGCCAGCAAACGAUGGCCGCCGUUAGUGGGGGAGCUGCCGGCGGCGGCGGCGGUGGUGGCGGUGGAGGUGGUGGCGGUGCCGGUGGUGGUGGUGGUGGCGGCGGCGGAGGCGGUAGUGGCAAGAAGGACAAGGGCCUGUCGCUCGGCGGCCUGGAUCUCGGACCGGACCUCGGCACCGGCCGGAGCCGCUCGUCCAGCACGGAGAAGAACCACAUCAAGCGGCCGAUGAACGCGUUCAUGGUGUGGGCGAAGGACGAGCGGCGCAAGAUACUGAAGGCCUGCCCGGACAUGCACAACUCCAACAUCUCCAAGAUACUGGGCGCCCGGUGGAAGGCGAUGACGAACCUGGAGAAGCAGCCGUACUACGAGGAGCAGGCGAAGCUGUCCAAGCAGCACAUGGAGAAGCAUCCGGACUACCGGUACCGGCCCCGGCCCAAGCGCACCUGCAUCAUCGACGGCAAGAAGAUGCGCAUCUCCGAGUACAAGUGUCUGAUGAAGAACCGGCGCCAGGAGAUACGGCAGUUCUGGACGCGCGACUACGACAGCGGCACCGACCAGAAGUGUCCGAUGAAGGACGCUGGCAAGGUGAUCAAGAAUGAGGCCAUGUAAAUUCCAAACCCCCUUUUGUGCGGGGAGGGUGGAAGGGAGGGAGCGGGAAGGAGGGGGGGGGGGUCGUAUACCAACAGCUCCUAUACGCUGGACCGGUCAUCAACGUCUUGCUCUUCCGGCUUACCCUUUUUUUCGAAACACACGUACACAAAGAAUCGCCACCAGCUCCUACCGCUCCUCUCCCUCCAUAUUUAAUACAUACUUACUUUAACCUUGGCACCGUGUAAUCUCUGUAUUCCGAGUGUAGAUGUUAAUGCUUCCAAGGUUCCACGCAAGGUGACGAACAGAAAGCAGAAAUAAACAAAAAUCAAAAAUGCGUCAUCGCAUUCAAUCAAAAAUAAAA